UACUUUUCUUUUGCCCUCGGUAGUAGUCAAGAUGUCGGGGCUCGCAACUACGAGUACAUAAACCCCUUCAUUGGCGCGGCGCAUGGUGGUAAUGUCUUUGCUGGCGCUUCCUUGCCUUUCAGCAUGGCAAAGGCCGUGGCUGAUACGGCGCGAGAUGAUACGGGGGGUUUCGCGUUUGCAAGAACAAACAUCACUGGCUUCAGUGCGCAGCAUGAUUCUGGAACUGGCGGGUGAGCAGACUAACAACAUCCAUGUUGCGUUGGAGCAACAAAUUACUGAGACUUUCGAUCGAUGUAGAAAUCCUAGUCAGGGAAUGUUCCCUCUUUCGGUCCAGCCAUCCUGCCCGGGCGACCUCCUAGACAAUUGUAAAUUUGGUUCGAAAUACGAACGUGGCGUAUAUUACAAAAAAGGCUCGCCGACCGCCAAACCAGGCUACUUCUCCAUCAGCCUCGACAGCGGCGUCGAUGUCGAAACCACAGUUACAGAGCACACAGCGCUGUGGAACUUCAACUUUGUGCCAAACGCAACGAUAGGACAGAACAUCUCGCCCAUCUUCCUGCUUGAUCUUGACGAUUUGCAAAAUUCCAGACAGAACGCUACCGUGAGUGUCGAUCCGACGACCGGGAGAAUCAGCGGCAAUGGAACCUUCUUACCCAGUUUUGGGGUGGGCAGCUACAUGUCCUAUUUUUGUGCGGACUUCAAGGGAGCCAGCAUCCGCGAUACGGGUGUGUACGUCAAUGCUCGAGCUGGUAUGGAGCCGAAGGAGCUUUUCGUCAACCGAGGCUACAGCCUGUUCUUCAUCGAAGCGGGCGGCUUCGUGCGAUUUCACAAACCCAGCAGUGGCCUUAUUCAGGCCAGGGUUGGAGUCAGCUUCUUGAGCACCGAGCAGGCUUGCCAAAAUGCGGAAACAGAGAUUGGCGACUGGGACUUUGACCGAGUCAGGACGAAUGCGGAGAAUGCCUGGAAGGAGAAGAUGAGCGUGGUGUCCAUCGAGCCGGGCGGUGCGAACAAGUCGAUUCAACAGACGUUCUUCAGCGGCAUCUAUCGAACGAUGAUGAGCCCGCAGAAUUACACCCUCGACAAUCCAAUCGUCAACGGCUCGCAGCUUUACUUUGACAGCUACUACUGCACCUGGGACAGCUUCCGCACCGACUUUCCGUUUCUGACCAUCUUCGACCCAUCGACAAUGUCCCAGCUGAUCACCAGCUAUCUCAACAUCUACAAGGCGCUGGGGUGGUUACCUGACUGCCGCAUGCAGUUGUGCAAGGGCUAUUCGCAAGGCGGAUCCAAUGCCGACAAUGUCAUUGCGGAUGCAUACGUCAAGAAUCUGACUGGAAUCGACUGGGACCUAGCAUACGAGGCAAUCCAAAACGACGCCGAGAACGAGCCCUUCGACUGGGGCGUGGAAGGACGAGGAGGCUUGCAGAGCUGGAAACGUCUGGGCUACAUUCCAUACGAAGACUACGACUAUCUCGGCUUCGGCCCCGACUACCACAGCAUCUCGCGCACGCUGGAGUACGCAUACAACGACUUCUGCAUCUCCACGCUCGCCAAGGGGCUCGGCAAGAUGGCCGACUACGAGCAAUACCUGCAAGCCUCGGGCAACUGGUACAACCUCUUCAAACCCAACCAAACCUCCUAUCUCUUCGGCAACGACACGGGCUUCACUGGCUUCCUGCAACCGCGCUAUUUAAACGGCACCUGGCGCUACCAGAACCCCAUCGUGUGCUCGCCCAUUGACGAGUUCUGCUCCUACUCCGAAAACCCCAUGGCGACCUUUGAAGACAGCAUUUGGGAAUAUACCUUCUUCGUCCCGCAGGACCAGGCGAAACUCGUCGCCGCUCUUGGUGGACCUGACACGUUCGUCCGUCGUCUUGAUUACUUGCAUGAACACGGGCUUCUCGAUAUCGGGAACGAGCCUUCGGAGCUUGUCGUGUUUCAAUAUCACUACGCCGGCCGGCCGGGCCUUUCGUCUCGUCGCUUGCACACCUACAUUCCCAGCUACUUCAACUCCACUGUUGAAGGGCUACCAGGCAACGACGACAGCGGCGCCUCGGGCUCCUUCGUCGCGCUCGCCAUGUCGGGAACAUUCCCCGUAGCGGGCCAGAGCGUGUACUUGCUCGUGCCCCCCUUCUUCGAGAGCGUGAGCUACACCAACGCCAUCACAAACAAGACGUCCACCAUCCGCAACAUCAACUUCGACCCGGAGUACGUCAACAUCUACAUCCAAAACGCCACGCUGAACGGCGAGCCGUACACGAAGAACUGGAUCUCGCACGACUUCUACCUGCAGGGGUGGACGCUGGAAUUCACGCUGGGGCCGACGGAGAGCGAGUGGGGCACGCAGAUGGCAGAUUUGCCGCCGUCGACUUCGGCGGGGCAACAGGAGGCGUAUCAUAUGGCGGGGGCAAUGCUAUGAUUUGAUGAA